GACAAUAUCGCACCUAAACGUAUAUUUAAGUAAAGAUAAAUCUAUUGUAUAUACACGUCACACGAUGGCACUCAGGGAAGGGAACACGUUCGCUCCUGCGGUCGUCAAAUAUAUGUACACGCUCGUCUUCCUUUUCGCAACAGUUCUCGGAUCGAAUGCGAACAAUCCAUGCACGAAUGCAUCGCUACCACAGCUUGGGUCCCUUCGCCAAAGGCUUGUUGGAUAUAAAUUGGCACAAGGUGAGGACGCUAUUUGUGACAUUUACAUAGAGGAGGGCUGGUAUCUUGUCGAUGGCGUCGUCUUAGCUUCAACAAACCAACGGUGCGGGACAGUGAGAAAUUGGUAUCGUAACAAUAACUUAAGUCUACCUGAUAAUUUGAACGUUGCAACUGACAUCGAACUGUGUAGAAAUGGUCCUGGCGGUGAUUGUGACAAGCGAAUGCACUCAUCGGUUAUCAAAUGCGCUGAUGAUAAGUAUGCAUUUCGUCUCGGACCGAUGGAUGGUUGCAUUGAAGCGUACUGUUUAGAACGAAUUUCGAAUGGACCUAUGCCAACUGGACAGCCUCCUGACAUCUCGAGCAUUAAGCCGGUAAUAAAUGUAGCAGCCAAACGCGUGAAAGAUGAAAAUGAGCUACAGUUCUACUGUGACUUUAACCCGACUGCAAACACAAAAUUCCAUUACAAGGUGUCAUGGACAAUUUCUCAAAGUUCCCUAUCAAGCCACGAACUGCAUCAUUCGGAACCAGUGAGAUAUCUAAGCCAGGAAGAUUUCCGUAGGAAGACCAUGAUGACUGAAAAACACCUUAAAGCACCCACGUAUUUUGGUUUGGGAGUAACAAUUGCCUGCUCUAUUACGGCCAGCGAAGACGUGGCAACCCCGGAAAGCAAUCCUGUGAUAAGUGAAGAGAAGUUCUGUGGAAUCAGGGCCUUGAACAGCUCGAACCACGUAUAUAUUUCGAACGACAAAGGCGCUGAUAUAUAUUUUGAACUAACAGUUCCGUUUGGGUGUGAAAAGGGCUUUGAAAAUCAGAACUCGUUAUGUUACCUGGAUAUUACCCUUUUUAUUCCAAAUUCUGAAACAAAUUGCAAUAUCCCAGAUAUUGUGCAGCGCAAAGGUGCCAGAAAUUCGUGUGGAAUAAGAUUCCAUAUAAAUGAUGUCGGGAAACCGCAAAAACUUCACAUUCAGCCAAAGUAUCCAAAACUUACGGCAAAUUUAAAUAAACCAAUGACACUGAUUCUAGCCACUUCCAUGUAUGAAGCUCACCGCCUGUUCAGUGAAUAUGCAGUACAAACGAUGCAGGUCACAGUUUCAACUGAACAAAACAUCCUUAAUAACAAAUAUUGCUACGCUGUAUGCGACCCGCAUAUGCUGACAUUCGACGGACUUCCGUAUGAAAACCAGAUGGCAGGAACCUUUGAUUUGUACAUCAACACCGAGUAUAAUCAGAAGGUACAAAUACGAACACAAUCCUGUAACAACAAUGGACAAACACCGUUCUGUGUUUGCGGAGUUGCAAUCCAAGCAGGAAGUGAUGUGUUUGCUUUAAGUACUUGUACAAACACCAUUCUUGACGUCAGGUUUGUACAGUGCGAUGACAGGAUUCUAAGAGAAAAGGUAGAGAAAGUCUCAGAGACGUUGUACAGAGUUUCAUUGCCUAGCGGAACAUAUGUGGAAAUAACUUUGAGCAUAAUGGGACACAAUAUGAACGUCUACGUGUACCCUUCAGUGGCUGACUUUAUGAAAACAUCUGGAUUAUGCGGCUCAUUUGAUGGAACGACUACCAACGAUCGUCUAAACAGGCCCGGUUUUAACGAUCCGGACCCAAACAAAAGCUGGAUGGUGAAUACCGUUGACGAUUUGUUUAACGAACAUGUCGCUUUGAGGCCUUGGGAAGAUCACUAUCGUUUUUGUACAUGCAAUGAACACUCAAACAGCCCAACAAACAUUGCAACGUGCGACGUGGAUAUCAAGAAAACCUGCACUGCCAAACCACAUUUCGCGGACAGAUGUGUACACUCUUCUCACAGAAAAAGGAGAUCUGACUUUGGGGAAUAUAGACAGACAGACGAGGGUGAUUUUCAUAAAACUGUCAACGUUGCUUUUGUGUCAAAAUGCAGUGACGCUAUUAACCAUCGGAAGGAGCGGUCAAUAAAAACGUACACCGAUGAAACUGCGAGGAGUGAUUGCAUGCAGCUCCUGAACACAACUGCUUUUCAAAAAUGUUCAAGUAUUCCAGGUCUACACUUCACAUCAAUCAUUAAUGAUUGCGUCCUCGACGCUAAGAUAACAGGAACUAUGGACUGGACAAUGUCACACUUAGAAACAAUAAAAUCUUCAUGCAUGCAACAAAUCGAUAUUCAAAAGAUGCCGCCGAAGGAAGAUCUAGAUGGAAUGACUAUCACAAUCAACGGAACAUCGUAUUCCAACAUUUCUGUUGACAACGCAUCUCUUUCGCUAUCAUCCGUUAUUACUCAAGAUAUGUUUGAGGAAAUUCGCAUGGUGUCAUGUCUAAGGGAGUGCAGCGGAUUUGGAGACUGUACCACUGGUUCUUGUAUCUGUAAAAAAGGUCAUAGUGGGGAGGAUUGCUCAAUAGAUUCUACAAGGCCCCCAGAAAUGAAAGGAAUUCCGGAUGAAGGUUUAUGCGACUUGCAGGAAAGAGCUUGCAAGAAAACGUCCGUUUUUGGAAACAAUCUUGCAUCCGAUAAUCAGGUCAUAUGCAAAAUUAAGCCUUUAGAGAUACACGUUACGCAUGAAAUUGUGACUAAAGAAGACUAUCGCGUGAUAGGUGUACCUCAGACUUACAUGGAGGUUUCAUGUCAGCUUGCACAAAGAAAGAAACGAUCCGUGGAAGCUGAUAUUGACGACAUUAUGGCCAGAGUUUACAAUAUUUCAUUGAGUAACAACGGUGUCAACUUUAGCGAAGAAGACACAUUGGUUGUGUACGACUCGGCCUGCGUAAGCUGUUACAAGACAGACGAUACAUUUACAUGCAAAAAACUGACCGAUUUCUGUGUCAAUUACGGAAUGUGUCAUGGUAUUGGUGAUACGAUUGGCUGUUAUGUUUGUGCUAACCUUGGGAAUGGGUCUGCAGGAUGGCAACCAGAUCCAGGCUGCACCACUACUUCGUAUAUCUCCACGAAUAAUGGGACUCGACACGGCUUGGCCAGCAAUACGAUUGGAGUUGGUUUGACCAAAAGCACGACUCGAGACGGCUUGACCAGCAAAACGUUUGGAGAUGGUUUGACAAAAAGCAUGACUCAAGACGGUUUGACCAGCAAAACGAUUGGAGAUGGUUUCACCGAAAGCACGACUCGAGACGGCUUGACCAGCAUAACGACUGGAGAUGGUUUGACAAAAAGCCCGACCCAAGACGGCUUGACCAGCAAAACGAUUGGAGCUGGUUUGACAAAAAGCACGACCCAAGAUGGCUUGACCAGCAAAACGAUUGGAGAUGGUUUAACAAAAAGCACGACUCAAGUCGGCUUGACAAGCAAAACGAUUGGAGCUGGUUUGACAAAAAGCACGACCCAAGACGGCUUGACCAGCAAAACGAUUGGAGAUGGUUUGACAAAAAGCACGACGCAAGACGAUUUGACCAGCAAAACGAUCGGAGAUGGUUUGACAAACAGCACGACUCAAGACGGCUUGACCAGGAAAACGAUUGGAGAUGGUUUGACAAAAAUCACGACUCAAGUCGGCCUGACCAGCAACACGAUUGGAGAUGGUUUGACAAAAAGCACGACUCAAGACGGCUUGACCAGGCAAACGAUUGGAGAUGAUUUCACCAAAAGCACGACUCAAGUCGGCUUGACAAGCAAAAAGAUUGGAGAUGGUUUGGCCAAAACCACGACUCAAGACGGCUUGACUAGGAAAACGAUUGGAGAUGAUUUCACCAAAAGCACGACUCAAGUCGGCUUGACAAGCAAAAAGAUUGGAGAUGGUUUGGCCAAAACCACGACUCAAGACGGCUUGACUAGGAAAACGAGUAAAGGUCGGUCAAGUCCAAUUACGACUCGACACGGCUUGACCAGCAAUACGAUUGGAGUUGGUUUGACCAAAAGCACGACUCGAGACGGCUUGACCAGCAAAACGUUUGGAGAUGGCUUGACAAAAAGAAUGACUCAAGACGCUUUUAACAACAAAACGAUUGGAGAUGGUUUCACCGAAAGCACGACUCGAGACGGCUUGACCAGCAAAACGACUGGAGAUGGUUUGACAAAAAGCCCGACCCAAGACGGCUUGACCAGCAAAACGAUGGGAGCUGGCUUGACAAAAAGCACGACCCAAGACGGCUUGACCAGCAAAACGAUUGGAGAUGGCUUGACAAAAAGCCCGACGCAAGACGAUUUGACCAGCAAAACGAUCGGAGAUGGUUUAACAAAAAGCACGACUCUAGACGGCUUGACCAGCAAAACGAUUGGAGAUAGUUUGACAAAAAUCACGACUCAAGUCGGCUUGACCAGCAAAACGAUUGGAGAUGGUUUGACAAAAAGCACGACUCAAGACGGCUUGACCAGGAAAACGAUUGGAGAUGAUUUCACCAAAAGCACGACUCAAGUCGGCUUGACAAGCAAAACGAUUGGAGAUGGUUUGACAAAAAGCACGACUCAAGACGGCUUGACCAGGAAAACGAUUGGAGAUGAUUUCACCAAAAGCACGACUCAAGUCGGCUUGACAAGCAAAACGAUUGGAGCUGGUUUGACAAAAAGCACGAUCCAAGACGGCUUGACCAGCAAAACGAUUGGAGAUGGUUUGACAAAAAGCACGACGCAAGACGAUUUGACCAGCAAAACGAUCGAAGAUGGUUUGACAAAAAGCACGACUCAAGACGGCUUGACCAGCAAAACGAUUGGAGAUGGUUUGACAAAAAGCACGACUCAAGACGGCUUGACCAGAAAAACGAUUGGAGAUGAUUUGACAAAAAGCACGACGCAAGACGGCUUGACCAGGAAAACGAUUGGAGAUGAUUUCAACAAAAGCACGACUCAAGUCGGCUUGACAAGCAAAAUGAUUGGAGAUGGUUUGGCCAAAACCACGUCUCAAGACGGCUUGACUAGGAAAACGAGUAAAGGUCGAUCAAGUCCAAUUACGAAAUCCGAUGGAGACCGGUUAAUGGCUCCUAACACUGUAUAUAUUCUUGUUUUUAUUUUGUGUGGACUAUUUUUAUUUUGUUGACAAUACUUGAGUAUUGAAUUAACUUUUUUUCUUAAAUUGUCUUUUUCGGUUCCUUGUUUUUGUUAAUGAAACUAUUAGCGUUUUUUUUCCAUCAAACUUUUCGGACAUUGUGUUCUACAUAUAAUGUCAUGUUAUUAAUUAUGUGUGAGUUGUAAGUAUACCACGGCAUCGUAAAUUCAUGAAUUAAAUAUAGUAGUAUAUAAUGUUCUUGUGUAGUCAAGGAAAAUGUAAACAUAUACUUAACUUCAACCCCGACGAUAAUUGUUAUUACGUGACAGUUUGCACAGAAAGUAUAUUAUGCCUCUACUGAAAAAACGGCUUGUGAACGUACACCAUUUUAUACUCUUAGCUUUACGCAUAACUUAUAGUGCUUUGCCUAUUCAUUUAUUUGAAUUAUUCAAUUAUUUCAUAGGCUAUAUUGUUUCAACCAAGAAUCAGUUGUGUUGUCUGUGUAACAUUAUAUUUAUUGUGAUAUAUGACUCAUAUAUACUGCACAGUAGCGCUGAUUUGAUCCUGCAAUUUCAGACAUGGGCUAUUUAUAGCAUGUACAUUUUGAAAUUGGAAUAGCCAAUCAGAAUUCACGGCUCAAGUAGAACCUAUUAACAGGAUGGCGAUUUGACACAAUCAACGCAAUCGAUUAUUUAUUAUUAUUACAGAUGAUGAAGAUUUGAAGAAAAUUCAAAAAAUAUAAAGACAAAAGGUUCAUAAUACACUGACACUAACGUAAUUAACGUUCUAAUUGUAAAGUUUGUGUAACAUUAUAUUUAUUGUGAUAUAUGACUCAUAUAUAUCCUGCACAAUAUCGCUGCUUUAAUCUUGAUAUGUAUUUAAUAAAUGUUGUAUUAUU